AUGAAAGGUAAAAAAUCUUCAACUGGUAAUACUUCAUCAGAUGUUAAAAAACCAAUCGAACGUAAUAAAAAGUUAGCAUCAGCUUCAUCAGAAACUAAUUUAAAAAAACGUGAAGUCACAAAACCUACAUCAUCUUCAGGUAAAAAGCGUCCUGAAUUAAAAAAAUCUUUACCGAAUCCUGAUGACGCUAAAAAAUCAUUGUUCAGACCUGAUGGAACUCAAAAGUAUGACGUAACUCAGUUAUCUGAACAUGCCAAAAAUCAUUUAAAUAUUAACGUUAAGUCAGAAGAUACAACAAAAAAUCGAACUGCCCAAACUAAACCUUUAGGUGGAAUUGACGUUUCGACAAGUGUCAAACCUUUAGUUAACAGAAAUAAACCGACAAUAGGUACCAAAAAAAGACCAUCUUCGAUUAAGACAUCGCCCACAGUAUCCACAAAUAACAAGGAGAAAAUUUCCGCAGCAUCUCCAACAAAGAGCAGGCAUGACAUUCCUGCAACAGAUAAUAAAAGUAAACGACGUAAUUCUACAACAAUUGUCGAAACUCCUAAAGAAUAUUCGUCCAACAUUUCUAGGAAUACUAGACGUCGUAAUUCUACAACAAUUUUCGAAUCCCCUAAAUAUUCGUCCAACAUUUCUACGGUCGUAUCUUCUCGUUCAGCCGUUCACAAGCGUACAACAUUUGAACACACAAGACAACAUUCAUACAUAACACCUAGUAGUGUAACUCCAAAUUUAACUUCCAUUUCCGAAAUUCCAAAAGCUCAAGAUUUUGUCCCACCUUUCACAUCUGAAAUUACCAGACAACAUGUAUCCACCAUUCCGAUUGGUACUACAAGAAGAGUUUCAAAUGCUUCUUCUGUAACUUCGGAUGAUAGUUUAUUUCCUUUAUCUCCUACUUUUUCAUCUGCAACUUCUGAAGGCAGUUAUUAUCGUAUUUCUAGAUCUUCUUCUAUGGCUUCAGAGAAUGGUUAUAAUUUUAAUUCUUAUUCUGAUGAAUUAGAUGAUUUUAUACAAAAUGAUUAUUUGGAUAAAUUUUCUUCUUUAGAUGAAUUUUUUUUCGGUUCGGAAAUUACUUCAAGUGAUCUUUAUAAGCAAUUUAAAGAAUCAAAAAAUUCUAAAAAUAAUUCAAAUUUAGGUUUAAAAAAAUCUUUACCUUUUAAAAAUUAUAACGAUUCAACCAAUGAUUCCUUAUUAAACAAUUUAGAUAGUCUUAAUAUGAAUUUUGAAGUUUCGUCUGAAUAUGAUAAAAAUGCGGAACAUGAAGUUGACGAAGAUGAUGAAAUUAAUGUUGUGAAUGAAUCUUUAUUUAGAAAACCUAGAAAAAGUUUUGGUUCACGAGAAGAUUUUGAUAAAAAUCUUGAAGACAUUUUGAACGAAAUUCUUUAUGAUACUGAUAAACCUUCGGAUUCUUCUGUGAGUGUUGAAACGUCUGCAAAGAAAGAAAUUCUCUCUGAUGAUAAAAAGCAAAAAUCGCCAGAUACUUUUGUGAAUUUUGAAGUAUCUGCAAAGAAAGAAAUUCUUUCUGAUGAUAAAAAACAAAAAUCGCCUGAUUCUUUUGUGAAUCUUGAAGUAUCUACAAAGAAAGCUAUUCAAGAUAAAUCGGUUGAAUCUUCAACUUUGGUGGUAGAAAAUAGUAAACCAUGUGAGGUAACUAAUAAUAAUCCAAAUUCAAGUGAUGACGACGAAGACGUUAAUUAUAGUGAUAUUGAUGAUGAGAUUGAAAAGUUGAUGAAAGAAAUCGAACAAGAAGAAUUAGAACUUAAGAAGAUGGGGGGUUUGGAAAAUGACGCGUCAACUGUAGAAAAAAUUGAGCAAAGUACUACUACAUCAUCUCUAGAAAGUGACGAUCAAAAAAAUUCUUCUGAAGACCAAUCUGCUUUGGAAGUCGCUGAAUCACUAAUGGCUGAUGAUGAUAAUAAUGUACAAGACGAUGCAUUAGAUAUAAAGACCAUUGUACAAGAUAAGAUUGUGUUGACAGAAGAUGCACAAGACGAAAGCAUGUUUACGCAAGAAGAGAGUAUGCUUACACAAGAUUCAGAGAUAGUAAAAGACAAUGUGACAGUCGAGACGGUAUUGAACAAUAACUAUAAUGAUAUUCAGGACAAUCUUAAAAUUGAAAAUCAAGUGGAAAUAAAAGAUGAAUCUAGUGAAUGUGAAAAAAGUUUCGACGUUACGGAUCAAAAUGAAUUCAAGAAUGAAACUUUACAAGAUGAGGAAACAUUGCAAGACGAGGAUUUUAAUACAUACUCCGAACUUCUAUAUCCUAUAGGGUCAUCUGAAGAUAACAUAACGCAGGAAGAUUAUGCAGAUACCAUUAAGACAUUAGAUGUUGUAUUAAAAAACGAUGAUAUGAAAAUUGAAGCAUCCGAAGUUGUUAACGAAAGCGUGAAUAUAGUAGAGUCGCACAAUAUUACUUCAGAAUAUAUGGAAUCUCACGAUAGGCAAUAUGAUUUUGACCUACAAAAUAAAAUGCAAACUGUUCCAUUACUAGACUAUCACGUUGAGCAAGAUAAACCAACUGAUGAAAUAAUCGAUACAAAUAAAGAUAUAAUGGAAUCUCAGGAAAAUCAACUUGAGAAACAUGAGUCGUAUAAAGAAGUAGUUGAAGAUACUAAUGAAGUUAUUGAAAAUAUUGAAUCACGUGAAGAAUGCGGUCAUCAACAAAUUGCAAGGUUGGAAGACGUGUUUACUGAACAAGAGGAACAGUCCAAAUAUCAUGCAUCAACUUUUGAGUACGAUGAAGAGAAAGCAAAAUUAGUCGUUCAAACACCUUCAGACAACGAUCAAGACUCGAUUCAGAACAAUGUUCAAGAUAGUAUACAAGACAGCAUUCAAGAUAACGUUCAAAAUGACAUGGAAAAUAACGUGCAAAAUGAGAUUCAAGAUAUGCAAUAUAAUGUUCAAAAUAUGCAAAAUGAACCAAUCGUUAUAUUAUCUAAAGAUACAGAUAGUCAAUAUGAACAAAAAGUUCAACCAGACGAUACCGCAGAACAAUUUAAGCCAGAUGCUAUCGAGGAGCAGGUUAAGCUUGAUGACAUCGCAGAACAAGUUAAGUCAGAUGACACUGCUGAACAAGUCAAGUCAGAUGACACCGCUGAACAAGUCAAGUCAGAUGACAUUGCAGAACAAGUCAAGUCAGAUGACACUGCUGAACAAGAUGACAUUGCUGAACUAAUCAAGUUAGAUGAUACCGCUGAACAAGUCAAGUUAGAUGACAUCGUAGAACAAGUCAAGUCGGAUGACACUGCUGAACAUGUCGAGUCAGAUGACAUCGCAGAACAAGUCAAGUCAGAUGACACUGCUGAGUCAGAUGACAUCGUAGAACAUGUCAAGUCAGAUGACAUCGCAGAACAAGUCAAGUCAGAUGACACUGCUGAACAUGUCGAGUCAGAUGACAUCGCAGAACAUGUCAAGUCAGAUGAUACUGCAGAACAUGUCGAGUCAGAUAACACUGCUAAGCAAGUUAAAAUAGAUGACGCUGCUGAACCAGUUAAACUAGAUGACAAUGCUGAACUAGUUAAGCUAGAUGACAUCGUUGAACAAGUCAAGUCAGAUGAUACUACUGAACAAGCCAAGUCAGAUGACACUGCUGAAAUAGUUAAGCUAGAUGACAUCACUGAACAAGUUAAGCUAGAUAACACUGCUGAACAAGUCAAGUCAGAUGACAUCUCAGAACAAGUCAAGUCAGAUGACACUGCUGAACAAAUCGAGUCAGAUGACAUCUCAGAACAAGCCAAGUCAGAUGACACUGCUGAACAAAUCGAGUCAGAUGACAUCACAGAACAAAUCAAGUCAGGUGAAACUGCUGAAUCGGACGACACUACUGAGCGAUCCAAAUCAGAUGACAUCGCAGAACAGGUCAAUCCGGAUAUUAAAGAAUCAAUAGAAGAAGCAAUAGUAGAGUUUAUAGAGAGCUUAGAGCAUGAUAAUAUAGUACCUUCUAUAAUGUCGGUAGAAAAUCCAAAACAAGAUGAACAAUCUGUUCCAUCAUCCACGCUUUAUAAUGAACAAAGCGAAUCUCUUGUUCAUACAUCGCAUGAUUCUGAAGACUAUUCUAUUUCGCCGACAUCAAGAAAUGUUGAUACAAAUUUAUUUAAUCAAGAAAUAAUUACUUCACCUAUUAUAUCAACGGUUCAAAAUGAACUAAUUGAACAUGAUAUGUCAAUUGUUAAUAAUUCUGAAGGUAAUAAAGAGAAUAAAAUUCAUAAAGAAUGUGUUAUAGAUACUGAACAAAUAACGAUGCAGGUUGAUAUUACAAUUUCCGAAAAGAUAAAAGAAUCUGAGGAUAAUGAAAUACCUCAAUUUCAAAUUUCAUCAUCAAAUAAUCCUAAAAAAUGUAAAGGCAAGGCACCAGUUAGACCUUUUAAUGAAAAGGAACUUGAUGAUGAUAAAAAUCAUAGUGAAAUUGUACAACAAAGUGAUUUAACAUUAGACAUUGUAGAUAAAAAAAAUGAUAAUGAUUCGAUUAAUAAUUCACCUUCGAUUAAUCAUCAAAUUGAUCAGAAUAAAUUAAAUUUAAUACAAAAACCUAUAAUUGCUCAACAUGAUUGUUCGAGGUUGGUGGAUUUAAAAGCUACUCAACCUGAUGCAUUACCUGUAGGAAUUGCAUCUUUACCUUUAGUUAAUCAAUCAAUAACUUAUUUAAUAUAUUAUCGAAGGCUCGUUGAAUGUUUCAUUCUUACUAUUAUAUUUGAUUUUACCAGGCCAUUUUUAAAUCCUAUUAAUUUUUGGCUUGAGUAUUGUUGCUUCCCUGUUUUGGCUUUUUGGUUAUUUCAUUUGGAGGCAGGAUUAAAUAUAUUAUCAUGGGGUCUCUCUCGAAAACAUCAUCAACGAAAUGUUAUUACACAUUGGGAACAAUUGAUGCCUACAAAUAUUGGUGAGUAA